GUACCAGACUCGGAAGUAGUCUCCAGCAUAGUGUGGAAGAUGUGGGCGCUGCGGGCGCCGCCGUUAUGCAGGUCAUCCCAGCGUGCCUGGUGCUGGGCACGUUGGACGGCGUCUGCGGGGCCGAAUCGGGGCCAAAAGUCGAGCCCGGACUCGCGAUACCGUGAUACGGUGUUGUUGCCUCGAAGCGAUUUCCCUGUCCUGUUGCCGGGCCGGUUGCAACCUGAAACGGAGGCGGAGAUACAGCAGAAAUGCGGCUUUUCAGAAUUGUAUUCGUGGCAAAGACAAAGGAAAACAAAACAAGAAUUUUGUCUUCAUGAUGGACCACCGUAUGCUAACGGCGACCCUCAUGUUGGUCAUGCGUUGAAUAAAAUUUUAAAAGAUAUCACAAAUCGAUUUCAUGUAAUGAGAGGUUACAGGGUUCACUAUGUGCCUGGCUGGGAUUGCCAUGGAUUACCCAUUGAAUUGAAAGCAUUGGCAGAAGGUGGGGAAACUGAACAUCUUUCACCCAUGGAAAUUCGACAGAAAGCCAAAAAAUUUGCAGAAAAGGUAAUCGAAAAGCAAAAAUCAGCCUUUAUCCGUUGGGGCAUAAUGGCAGAUUGGGAUAACUGCUAUCACACAUUUGACAAAAAGUAUGAAGCAAAACAACUGAGUAUUUUUCACCAACUGCAUGAAAAGGGCUAUGUUUAUCAGGACUAUAAGCCAGUGUUUUGGUCUCCUUCAACAAAUACAGCCCUGGCCGAAGCUGAAAUUGAAUACAAUGAGCAACAUGUUAGUCGCUCUGCAUAUGUCAGAUUUCCCUUGCUGAAGCCUCCACCCAAACUGGCUUCUGUGAUAGAUGGAUUACCUUCUGUAAGUUUAAUUAUCUGGACCACACAGCCCUGGACUAUUCCAGCCAACCAAGCAGUCUGCUACAUGCCAAAUUCAGAGUAUUCCAUUGUGAAGUGUGCAAAUACUGGGGAAUCCUUCAUUGUGGCUGCGGACAGAGUUCAGUCUAUAGGUGCUGUUUUGGACACACAGUUUGAUGAGAUUGCAACCCUUAAAGGUACAGAUUUGGAGAGUGGUGUCUGCUCCCAUCCUACGAUUCCUGGAAAGCAGUCCCCUCUUUUGCCUGCCAACCAUGUGACUGUUUCAAAAGGAACAGGAUUAGUUCAUACAGCCCCUGCUCAUGGUAUGGAAGAUUACAGUGUAGCUUCUCAUCACCAGCUCUCCAUGGAGUGUCUAGUGGAUGAAGAGGGACGUUUCACUGAGGCUACAGGUUCUGAGCUUCAAAAGAAAGCUGUUCUUGAAGAAGGCAAUGAAGCUGUCAUUCAGAUGCUCAAAGCUGCAAAGAACUUCUUGAAAGAAGAGAAAUGCAUACACAGCUAUCCCUAUGACUGGAGGACUAAAAAACCCGUGAUUAUUCGUGCCAGCAAGCAAUGGUUCAUUGAUACAGGAAAUCUCAAGGCUGCUGCCCAGGAGGCAUUAAAGAAAGUAAAAUGUGUUCCAGUGUCAGGGAUGAACAGAAUGCUGGAAAUGCUAGACAGACGAACUUACUGGUGCAUAUCAAGACAGAGGCGUUGGGGUGUUCCCAUUCCAGUUUUUUACCAUAAAACAACAGGAGAAUCUUUAAUGAACAGAAAAAGCAUCGAACAUGUUAUUAAGCUUGUGGAGCAGCACGGCAGCGAUGCUUGGUGGACCCUCCCUACUGAGCAGCUCCUUUCCAGUGAAGCUUUGGCACAGGCUGGUAAGCAUGAUGUCCAUGAUUACAUGCAAGGGCAGGAUGUCUUGGAUAUCUGGUUUGACAGUGGAACAUCCUGGGCUCAUGUUUUGGAAGAUGCAGGUGAAAGGGCCGAUUUAUACUUGGAAGGAAAAGACCAGCUGGGAGGCUGGUUUCAGUCUUCUCUCCUGACUAGCGUGGCAGUGCAAAAAAAGGCUCCGUUUCGGGCUCUCAUGGUUCAUGGCUUCACUCUUGGUGAAAAGGGAGAAAAGAUGUCUAAAUCCAUUGGCAACGUGGUUGACCCAGAUGUAGUCAUCAAUGGAGGCAGUGACCACAGCACAGAACCUCCCUAUGGUGCGGAUAUCCUGCGCUGGUGGGUGGCAGAGUCGAAUGUCUUUACGGAAGUGCUGAUUGGACCUGCCGUGCUUAACUCUGCCCGAGACGACAUCAACAAGCUUCGGAAUACUCUCCGGUUUGUGUUGGGCAAUCUGGCUGGCUUCAAUCCAGAAGUGGACUCAGUCCCUACAUCCGAAAUGUAUUUAAUUGACCAGUACAUGCUCCACCUGCUGCAAGGCUAUGCAAACAAGGUUACACAGGCCUACAAAGAAUAUGACUACAGCAGAGUCAUCCGAUUACUGCAAGCCUUCCAUGCUAGGGAGUUGUCUAGUUUUUACUUUAGCAUAGUCAAAGACAGACUGUAUUGUGAAGAAGAAAAGGAUCUUAAACGCCGUUCAUGUCAAACAGCCUUAGCAGAAGUUUUGGACACGGUGGUUCGUUCUUUUGCACCACUCCUACCACACCUGGCAGAAGAGGUAUUCCAGUAUCUUCCCUAUCGGAAAGAGUCAGACAGUGUGUUUCGCACUGGAUGGAUGAAUACAAGCCCUGUAUGGAAGAAACCAGGCCUUGAAGAAGCAGUAGAAGGAGCAUGCGCAAUAAGAGAUGCUUUCCUUGGCUCCAUUGCAGGCAAAAACGCUUUGCAGUAUCAAGUAGUCCUUGCAAUUGAGCCUGGACUGCUUUUUGAAUUAAUGGAGGUGCUGCAACAUGAGGAGUGUUCUAGUACAUCUCAGCUAAAUGAAAUAAUGAUGGCAUCACAGACCACACUGCUGACUGAACUACCUAGAGAUGUGGAUACCGAUGACAUAAUUAAAGGGACAUUUCUGAUAAACUUAGAAGGUGGUGAUAUCCGAGAAGAAUCAUCCUAUAAAGUCGUUGUUUUACCAGCUACCAAAUCGAAAUGCCUCCGCUGUCGAAGAUACACUGCUGAUUCAGCAGAGACACCAUGUGCACGUUGCAUGAAAAUACUUGGUGGGAAAUGAUGUGUGUUCAAGCAACAGUCAAAUCUUGAAGUGUGUUCUAAGCAGUUAUGAUAUACUUGGACAACCUAAAGGACUGUAGUAAUGGUGUGUAAAUACUUAAGCUUGUACAUGUAAUAAAAUGCUUAUCAGGAAUUCCUUUCA